AUGAAGCGAGGCGUCUUUAUCGUAAUCGAGGGCGUGGACCGAUCUGGAAAGACGUCCCAGUGUCAUCGAAUCGUGGAGCGUUUAAAUGCUGAGGACAUCACGGCGAAAUUUUACGGUUUUCCAAACAGAACCACUCAAAUUGGUCAACAAAUAAACAAGUACCUCCAAAACGCAACCGAAAUAGAGAAUCAUUGCGUCCACCUCCUGUUUUCUGCAAAUAGAUGGGAAUUGAGCAAGUCCAUUCUUGAAGACUUGAAGAAUGGAGUUAACAUUAUUUGCGAUCGUUACAUUGCAAGUGGAGUGGCCUAUAGCGUGACAAGGGGACUGGAUAUGGAGUGGUGUAUUCAUUCUGACAAGGGACUUCCUGCUCCGGAUGUGACUUUCCAGCUAGAGCUUCCAAUCGAAGAGCAAAUGCGGAGAGCCGGGUUCGGAGAAGAAAGACUGGAAACUCGAGAAUUCCAGCAGUCAGUUGCUGAGGCAUUUAGAAGACUGUCGUCCGAGUUCUAUCCCUAUACAUGGACUCCUGUUAGUGCAUUGGGUAGUAUCGAUGAAGUUCACGAAAGACUCUAUGGAUUGGUAAAGAAUGCAAUUAGCGAUUGUUGCGCUCACCCAUAUCAGUAUUUUUAG